CAGUCGUAAACGUUAUGCGAUAGAAGACGCAUCUCGACAGCAUAUUAAAGAAAAAGUGUAUCUUUUUCAUUGUAUUUUAUGUGAAUUCAAUUAAGUGCGGAUUUAUGCCAACCGUUUCGGAUAUUUCGGUAUACCCAGCACCGAUGGCAUCGGAUCAGGAGUCAUGUUCUGACGAGGAGCCUGACAGUGAGAUGUUGAGUGAUGACCUGUGCCUGCCCGACAGUGAUGAUGAGAGACACAUCCCAAGAAGUGUACAGAGCCUGUCGGACGAAGUGCCGUCACUCAACUCGUGCGUUCUGCGUCCACCUCGCAAGCUGUUCACGAACUGUAGGGAGCGCUGGAGACAGCAGAACGUGAGCGGAGCGUUCGCUGAACUGAGACGGCUGGUGCCCACACAUCCACCUGAUAAGAAACUUUCUAAGAACGAAAUACUCAGGAUGGCAAUAAGGUACAUAGGUCUUCUGUGUGAAGUGCUAGAAUGGCAAAAAAAUCACGGGCUAUCGAUGAAUAAAGAGAAUACAGCAGACCUGACUAUAAAAUGCGAAUCACCUCUUAGUCCGCAGUCCAGAAGACUCAGACUCAAGAGACCGUAUUACAAUGAAGACGAUUGUCCCAAAACAAAGAUGUGCAACGAUACUGAUUACCAGAAGUACGGCAACGAGGAAAAUGAAAAUUCUGGUAUAUUCCAGAGACACAUCGGAUAUCGAUCAGAAAUUUACUUCAGCAAUGACCAUUUGAGAGUGCUGAGGAACCAGUAUUACUUCUCGUCAAGAUGGAGGCAGAAUUUGCCGUUUAGGAAUUUGGCUGAUAGAAAUGGGAAUAAUCUGUUGAUUAUCGCUCCGUCACAGAAUGGCAAGGAGGAUGGAAAGAAUGGACAAAGCAGCUACAAGGAGAAGAAUGACGAAAGAAAUAAUAAAUAAGGUUCAUUUUUCGUAUACAGCGUCUACUGAGUUAGCCCUCGAAUCGUGUUUUUGAAGUGUAUUUUUUUUUUAUAUAAAACUAUGAGAAAUUAUAAAAAUAUUUUAUGUUAGUUACAUUAAAAUACAUCGGUAUUUCUAGUCAACUUAUAUAAACAAAUAUAAAUAUAAGAAAGUCGGAGAUUUUUAUAUUUAAUUGAAAAUGCAAGUUUUUAAAUAAGUAACUUAAAAAUAACGUUCGUAAAAAUAGUAAGUAAUUACUUUUUAUUAAGAAACAUUUAGGCUAUAUAAACAAGUUUAUACCUGCGACUUCGUCUACGUGUAUUCAAAGUAAAUUAUGGACAAUAGUUAACCUUUUCCUUUCCAAAUUUUAUUACGUCACUAUUCCAACGCAGGGAUACGAACAUUUAUGUUUGUCAAAACUAAUAUUUACGAAUCUCUCUCAAAUUAAUAUAAUGACAAAACGAAGUAUAAAAAUCCAGCUGUAAUAUCAAUAGAAGAUAGUGAUUAUAUGACAACAAGAAUAAUAAUAUAUAUUUUUUUGAAAUAAUAUAUUACAAACCCUUCUUAAUCCUCCAAUUGUUGUUUGCUACAAAUUAUUCCUUUUUUUAUUACAAAAUAUAAUAGUAAAUGAAAUAUUACAAAUAUAGCACAGGAAUUAAUCUUUAUGGCAGCAAUUUUUUUGCAAGCGACCAACAUAUUGUAUGUUGAAUAAAUUAAUCUUAUUUUUUACUUUCCCUAAUCAGAUAUAUUAGAAUUAUCAGUAUUUACCUUGCAGACAGAAGUCACUUUUUUGUCAAUAAUUGCUUUACUUUUGUUUUUUUAUUUAUUUAGUUUUAGUAAUAAGAUCUUCUUUAAGACCAUCUUUAUAUAUAAAUCAUAAGCGCCGUUCAUUAAGGUUUAAUGACAAUUUUGAACUCUAAUGCAUGUUCUUUAAAGAUUGUCAGUAAUGACCCCUUAAAGUAAUGAAAACUUUAAUGAACGUUUAGGCAACGCACAGUAAAUUUGUAAAUUUAUUGAAGUUACCAUUGAUAUUUAUUUUAAAUAUUCUUUGAUAUUAAGAUUUAUGAUUUUGUUUACCCGCACAACAAACAUGUUUUAUUGUUAUUUUUAUUUUAAUUAUUUUUCUUACCGUGAAAUUAAAAUAUAAAUUCGUUAGUUGAAUUUAAAAUCUGAAAUUUUAUGAAAUUCUUAUUUUCCACUUUUAGUGGAUUAAAGGUUAUGUUUGUUUUUACAUUCUUUAUUUUAAUAAAACCUUUGUUGUUUAGUAAGAAAUUUGUUUUAAUGAUAAUAUACGAACGUCACAUGUCACUAAUAACCUGUUUUAUUUAGACAAAGGAUGUUAUUGUUAAUUUAGACAGAAUACUUAUUCGCCUCGGUGGCGCAGUAGGCAGCGCGUAAGUCUCAUAAUCUUAAGGUCGUGAGUUCGAUCCUCACCCGGGGCAUACUUUUGUACAGAUUAUUUCUUGUUUUUGUAUUUACAUAUACCAGUAUACAUAGUAUUUGAAUAACUAUUGUUUUUGGUAAAUAAAACAUAUUCGAAAUAGAAUUCGUGUGCUUUAUGUUCAUCAAAGACGGAUAAAGACCAAGGGUAAGGACAAAAUCAAAACAAAUGAUUAAAAAUAUAAUUGAAGAUAGUUUUUCGUUUGGCUGUGCAAUAAUCAUAAUGAUUUUAUUAUAAAGGAGCCAUGGCUUCUUCCGGUCCAUCGUCAGGCCAGCAGAGCGACCGCAUUGCUCUCUAGCCGUAGAUACGACACCUUGUCGAUGUCGUAUCGAUAUUUCGGUUCAUUUUACUACUUUGACCAUGUACUUUCGUAACGAGGAGCGAACUAAAGAAUGAUGAUUGUGGAUUUGAUAGCAGUGUUACCAACUUAGAUAUUUAUCCCAAAUUUAUCCACCAGAAGAUAUAUCAAAGUAGUAACGUGAAACGAAAAAACGUCAUAAAAUGGCUAAGAUGUCGUAUUCUAUGACUAGAAUCAAAGCUAGAGAGUUAGAUGAUCGCUCCCCAGCUCCAUUCCAUGAUAUUGCAAUUUCAUUAAUACAUAAUUUCAACUCAAUCAAAAGGGGACGUGGGUAAAAUUUCUCUAUCUAUAGGAUUUAUAACAGUCAAAUCGGGAA